AUGGUUCUUACAUCCAAGCAUUAUCGUGGCAAUCUAGGGAUUCCUACAGACCAUCAUCGGAUCCUGGUAGCUAAUGAACAGAACUCGGGCCAUGCUAACCUAGUUGAUGAUGCCCAGUUCAAGAAGAUCCUUGACAUGAUAAAGAGUGGCAAGGAUGAGGGAGCCAAGUUGCAGUACGGGGGAGAGAGGUGGGGCGGCAAGGGCUACUUCAUCAAGCCCACAGUGUUCUCCGAAGUAACGGACAACAUGAGGAUUGCCAGAGAGGAGAUAUUCGGGCCGGUCCAGUCCAUCAUCAAGUUCCGUGACGUGGAGGAGGUUCUGGAGAGAGCCAACGCCACAAAGUACGGUCUGGCGGUAGGCGUCAUCACAAACGACAUCAACAAGGCGCUCGUGUUGUCACAGAAGCUCCAGGCUGGCGGUGUAUGGGUGAACUGCUAUGACAUCGUCACCUGUCAGACACCAUUUCGAGGCUUCAAGAUGUCUGGGCAAGGGAGAGAACUGUAA